AUGCAAGCUUGUUUUACAACUUAUGAAGCCAUAUUUAUUUUCAUACUAAUUAUCAAAAAACAGAAUUGCUCAAUUCGGAGGACUCAUCCAAUUGAAUUAACGAUUGAUUCUGGUUCGAUUCGUGGCGAAUAUUUGACUAUUGGUGCAAACGACUUUGCAGUUUUUAAAGGCAUACCUUAUGCAGCACCACCAGUCGGCUCUCUUCGUUUUCAAAUUCCAGAAUCACCAGCGAAAUGGAGAGGUGUAAUGAAUGCAACACAAUAUUCAGCAAUGUGCGCUCAAAAUCCGAGAACACGCAACACGGAUCCAGCUAAUCUUUAUCGUAUACAUAUAUCGGAGGAUUGCCUCUACCUCAAUGUCUUUGCUCCACCACAAUUCACUAAUGACACAUAUCCGGUGAUAGUUUGGAUCCAUGGAGGAGACUUUCAAUCGGGAUCGAGCUCUGAUUAUCCACAAGAGGCUAUUCUUAAUAAUUUUGUUUCAAGAAAAGUUGUUUUCAUAUCGCUGAAUUAUAGGCUUGGUCCAUUAGGUUUUAUUUCAACUGGCGACAGCAUUAUUCCAGGCAAUAAUGGAUUAUGGGACCAAAUCUUGGCUCUCAAGUGGGUUAAGAUUAACGCGCAUGUUUUUGGUGGCGAUCCAGAAAAUAUUCUUUUAAUGGGCCAUGGAAGUGGAGCUUCAUGUGCUUCAUUGCUCGCUCUUUCACCACGAGCUGAAGGGCUUUUCCAAAAAGUCGCAUUGUUAAGCGGUACAGCUCUAUCCCCAGGGAUUGUCCGUGACACUGCCAUCAAUGCAACUUGGGCACUUGAUCGUAAGCUUCAUUGUAGAUCAUUUAAUUCAAGUGAACUACUCGACUGUUUCAGAAAACAGCUUAAAGAUGAAAUUCUUGACGCGAAGAGGACAUUUUAUGACGAUUAUGAAGAAUUCGUUCCAAUCGUUGAUGGAAUUGGUGGUGUGCUCCCAGAAUCACCUGAGAUGCUUGCAACAUACCGACGCAAAAUGCCUUUAAUGGUUGGAACGACUCGAGAUGAAAGUUCAUUAAAAAUAGCUAUUCUUAAUGAGAAAAAUGUGAAUCUGAGCGCUUUAAAUCGCGAAGUUGCUGAGCAAUUGGCUGAAAAUUUAACAGCUACAUAUUCCGGAUUUACCAAUCAUUAUUUAAUUGGUGAGGCAUGCAAACAUGAAUAUAUAUGGUCGAAAAUAGAUCCUGCUAUGGACUCAUCCAUACUUUAUAAUUCAGUUCUGGAUAUGUUUUCGCACUUUUGGUACGAUGCUCCGGCUUCAAGAUUAGCCACCUAUUAUGCUAAAGGUGGUGCUCCUGUGUACUUAUAUUCCUUUGAUCACAUAAGCGAGAAUUUUGAAUAUGAUCGUGCUUUCCAUGGAAGUGAUGAAAUUUUUCUAUUCGACAUCGAGCCACGAUUUUUAGUAAAGAGGCGUGAUCGCAACUGGCAACUGGACAGAAGGCUAACAGAAAUAUUCGCUGAUCUUAUAAUCAAUUUUGCUAAAUCAGGAAGACCGACGCCUGAUUCAUCAGAAUUCGCAUUCAACUGGACACAUAUGGAUGCAAAAAGAUUGAAUUAUCUAUCCAUAACUGAUAGCCCACAAAUGGACAUUGGUUUCAGGUGGCAAGGCCAUGUUUUCUGGAACUGGUAUGCACGACAUUUAGAUUCAGUUGACGUUGGAAAUCUUCAUCGAAUCGCACAACUUGAUAAACAAUUAGGCGAUUAUCAGCUGGCAACAUGGAUGCUUCUCUUUUGCGCACUCUUCUUCUUCGCUAUUCUUGUCGGUUUAGCAUGUUACUGCACUCGAAAAGAAUCUGAUGAAGACGAUUUGUGA